AUGCUUUUGUCUUCGUUCAUUACCACAAUCACUUGUCUUGGCUCUUCAGUUUUAGCCGCAACAGUCUCUUGCACAAAUUACGCACCCAUCGGCUGGAAGGAUGGCAGAGCAAAGAUCAACUUCUACGACAACGUUAGUGAGACCACUCAUCCCUUUUGCACUGAGAUACUCACCUUAUAGAACCCGGACAACGUCCCAUACAACGGUCCUGGCUUCGAAGCUCCAACACUCCCAGCAAACGCCACUAUUUGGCCCUUCCAAUCCUUCACCCUGGCCCCCCAACUUCCCUUCGAUGGCUAUCCGUUCACUUUCUCCGCCUGCAACGUCAGCUCUCUAGCAGUCACGACCAACACGACUCAAUCGUCAUGUUCCCACACGGGCUGCUACACUACUUACACCAACUACGUCCAAGUUCAUGAUUUCUUCGACCGAUGUUUGACCAUCACCAACUACAACGCUACUGCAUCUGGAUUGCACUUCCAACAUUGUGAUGAGAACCCCAGCAACAAAGCCCAGUACUUCGUUACGACGCAGCAAGUACUGUAUUCGUUUGGAAUGUCCCAGGUUCUCAGCUACGGUACCGUGGUGAGUGUCAUUUUCAAACCCAAUCAUGACACAGACAGACUGACGAAGAGUUAGGACUUCUCAGACGCUCAGAACUUUGGAUAUCAGUACCAAGAACUUUACGGACCGCCUCUUGCCUGGGAUCUGAGCAGGUGGGACAACAAGACUAUUCAAACGGUACAGGCUGGUACUACCCAGAUUGGAUUGAGCGCGAGUCUGAUUCCAAUAUGA